ACAAAAUUUCAGCUAAAGUCAAGGAAGGCCUUGUGUUUUCUUGAGGAUUUAUUUUCAAGUCCUCAAUAUGCCUCCAAUAGAACUUCCAAGAUUAACAGGGUCACUAAGGGCAUUCUCAGGGCUUUCCUCGCCGUUUUCACGGCUUCCAGAGAGUGAUGAUAUCUUGAAAAGAAAGAGGCAAUCGAGAUCGAGGAAGCAACUUGAAAAAACUUUGUCUUGGUCUGAAUUAAAAGGUUUGAUUUUAGAUGCAAUGAGCCUCGAUAGGAAUGCUUCACAAGAGGCGAAGACUCUCGUUAAGGAACUUGUGCUUACAUCUGCAGAAAUUGCUGGCAAAGAUUCAUCUGUAGAGGUUGUGGAAAGUGCAUCAGUAUUGAUUUUUACAAUAUUUAAAGAUGUGAAUCACAUUGGAAAGGAUGAAAGUGCAAAACUGAAGAGUCUCUUUGGAGCAUUUCCAGCCUCGGCAGCAACUAAAGCUUGUCACAUUGUGCAGAACAUCAUUUUACUUCUUCCUGAAGAUUGUCUAGCAGUAAUUAACAAGAGAUGUGAGGAAAAACAUGAGGAACCUUUAAAAGAGUUUGGAAGUGAUAUUGAGUUUGCACCUUUUAUGAGCAAGGUUGUUUCACCAGAUGAUGAGCUGUUUUCGGAAUCUGAGGAUGAGACUGUUCAAAAUCAGACAGAUUUUUGGAAUUCAAAAGAGGGAGAAAAUCUUUCAAAUAUGGCACUAAGUGAAGAAGUGAAUGGCGACAGUGACAUUAAUGGUUCAUGGCUACGCAAUCAGUGUGAACUUUAUUUUGGAAAUAAUAGCACUGGACUGUCAGUUUUGGAUCUUUGUUCAGCACUUUUUGAUAUUCUCAGUUCUGAUAGAGAUAAUGCAGCUAUUCAAAAUGACUUGUUUGAGCUUCUUGGGUUUGACCGCUUUGAAUUCAUUCAAACACUCUUAGCUGACAGAUACAAGAUAGUUGUAGCCACCUCUGAAAGUACCUCUGACUUGAGUGAAGCAAAUGAGACUACUAGAGUGAAAACCUCAGCUGGUCGAAGUAAGCCAACUUAUGGAUGUCAAGUUACUGUACAGUCACAACAGGAGAAACAAUUGAUGCGGCAGGUGAGAAAGGAAGAAAGAAAGGAAGAGCGUCGCCAGGCUCGCAAAGACAAACACACAGAUGAGCAGGAUAUUGAUCAUGAGACAUAUCUUAGGGAAGUUGGCUUUGAUCCAGAGUUGAUGAGAGCUCAGAGGGAAAUUGCUCUUCAGGAAGCCUCCAGUGCACCAUUGUUGUCAAAACCAAAGAGGAAUGUGCAGCCCAGCCAAGUGUAUCCAUAUGUGUUUGAUGCUUUGGCUGAAAGGCAGCGAUCUACAGCUUUUAUUUCAGACACCAAGAUUGCCCUGCCUGCUGAUGCAGAACGGAAAAACACUAAAGUUUAUGAAGAAGUUGUGAUACCUCCAAACACUCCUUUACCACCUAAAGAGGAAACUCCUAUUUUAAUUUCAUCUUUAGAUGAGAUUGGCAAAAUGGGAUUCCAAGGAGUGAAGCGCCUUAACAGGAUCCAGUCGAUUGUAUUUGAUGCAGCAUACAACACGAAUGAGAACCUGUUGAUAAGUGCUCCAACAGGUGCAGGAAAAACAAACAUAGCUAUGCUAACAAUUUUGAGGGAGAUUAAACAGAACAUUGAGGCAGGAGUCAUCAAAAAAGACAAGUUCAAGAUCAUUUACGUGGCUCCAAUGAAGGCUCUCGCGGCUGAAAUGGUUCAAAACUUUGGAAAGCGGUUGGCCUGCUUAGGAAUCACAGUCCGUGAACUUACAGGGGAUAUGCAACUUACAAAAUCUGAAAUCCUCAAGACGCAAAUGCUGAUUACAACGCCAGAAAAGUGGGACGUGGUGACUCGUAAGAGCACUGGGGACGUGGCUCUUUCUCAGCAAGUAAAGCUACUGAUCAUUGAUGAAGUCCAUCUUCUGCACGAUGACAGAGGCUCAGUUAUUGAAUGCUUAGUAGCCAGAACUCUUCGUCAAGUUGAGUCGUCACAGAGCAUGAUCCGUAUCGUUGGUUUAUCAGCAACACUUCCUAAUUACAUUGAUGUGGCCCACUUCUUGCGGGUCAACCCUUACGAGGGUCUGUUUUUCUUUGACGGACGCUUUCGUCCAGUCCCACUCGGGCAAACGUUUAUUGGGAUUAAAGCAACGGGCUAUGUUAAACAGCAACACGACAUGGACACAGUUUGCUACGAAAAAGUGCUGGAAAAUGUUGACAAAGGACACCAGGUUAUGGUCUUCGUGCAUGCGCGGAAUGCUACCGUCAAGACAGCGCUGACAUUACGAGAGAUGGCAGCCAAUCAGGGAGAUUCUGCUUUGUUCCGUGCUCCACAAGGGCCUGAAUACGGACAAGCUGAAAAACAGGUGAUGAAAUCGCGUAACAAGCAGCUGCGAGAGCUGUUUCCAGACGGGUUUAGUAUCCAUCAUGCUGGAAUGUUGAGACAGGACCGCACUAUGGUGGAACAGCUGUUUGCUCGCGGUUUGAUUCGUGUUCUCGUUUGUACGGCUACCUUAGCCUGGGGAGUAAACCUACCAGCUCAUGCUGUAAUUAUUAAGGGCACGCAAGUAUAUGAUGCAAAGAAAGGCUCGUUUGUUGAUAUCGGCAUACUGGAUGUGCUGCAGAUAUUUGGGCGGGCAGGUCGUCCGCAAUUUGACAAUCAAGGCGAGGGAAUCAUCAUCACAGCACACGAUAAACUCAGUCAUUAUCUUUCACUUCUAACAAGACAGUCACCGAUUGAGAGUCAAUUCAUUUCGAGCCUGACUGAUAGUUUAAAUGCUGAGAUUGCUCUUGGCACAGUAGGCACAGUGGAUGAAGCUGUUGAAUGGCUGAGUUACACGUAUCUUUACAUUCGAAUGCGCAUUAAUCCACUGGUUUAUGGCAUCGCGUAUGGAACCAAAGAGGAUGACCCACUCCUGCACGAACAUCGCAGAGAGCUGAUUGUAAAUGCAGCGCGUCAUUUAGACAAAGCAAAGAUGAUAAGGUUUGAUCCGCGCACGAGAUAUCUGAACUCGACGGACCUUGGAAGAACUGCCAGUCAUUUCUACAUCAAGUACGACACAAUAGAGGUAUUCAAUGAGAUGUUCAAGGCGCACAUGCCUGAACCCGAUGUGCUUUCCAUGAUGUCUCACUCACAAGAAUUCGAACAAGUCAAGGUCCGUGAGGAUGAGAUAUCAGAGCUGGAAUUUCAUUUGACUGAGCACUGUCCAUUGCCUGUAAAGGGAGGAGUGGAAAAUAAUUACGGCAAGAUAAACAUCCUGUUGCAGACUUUUAUCUCCAAAGGAUUUGUUGAUACCUUCUCACUUGUCUCUGAUCUCUCUUAUGUCGCACAGGUCACAUGAUCAGACAUCCACGCAUGGGCAGUACCGUCAAGAGUUGUGUGGAACAAAUCCCUGCAAUAUCACUGGCCAGCAGCAUCCAGCCGAUCACGAGGACAGUUCUUCGGGUGCGCCUGACUAUCAAGCCGGAGUUUCGCUGGAAUGACAAAGUCCACGGCUCUACGUCAGAACCGUGGUGGAUCUGGGUCGAGGACCCGGACAAUAACCACAUUUACCACUCAGAGUACUUUCUACUGCACAAGAAACAGGUGUUAGCUAAUGAAGAACAAACCUUAGUGUUUACCAUUCCGAUCUUCGAGCCGCUACCUUCACAGUAUUUAGUGCGAGGAGUGUCAGAUCGCUGGCUUGGCUCUGAAGUGGUUUGUGCUCUGUCUUUCAAACAUCUCAUUUUACCAGAAAAGCACCCACCUCACACUGAACUAUUAGAUCUACAACCUCUGCCACUAACCGCCUUGAAAUGCAAAGAAUACGAGCUGCUGUAUCGGUUUACUCACUUCAAUCCAGUCCAAACACAAGUAUUUCACACAGUAUACCACACGGAUCAUAAUGUACUACUUGGAGCACCCACCGGGUCCGGCAAGACGCUGGCUGCUGAACUCGCCAUAUUUCGUAUCUUUAAUGUGCAUCCUGGAACUAAGGCUGUUUAUAUUGCUCCCUUGAAAGCUCUGGUCCGAGAGAGAAUGGAGGAUUGGAAAAUACGUUUUCAGGAAAAACUUGGUAGAAGUGUCGUAGAGUUAACUGGUGACGUGACUCCGGACAUGCGCGCUAUCGCCAAAGCUGACGUCAUUGUCACCACCCCAGAAAAGUGGGAUGGCAUCAGCCGAAGCUGGCAGACUCGUAACUACGUGCAGGCGGUGUCUUUGUUGGUAAUUGAUGAGAUCCAUCUGUUGGGUGAGGAGAGAGGUCCUGUCUUGGAGGUUAUCGUGUCGCGGACGAAUUUUAUCUCCUCGCACACAGAGAAGACUGUUCGAGUGGUUGGUCUGUCGACUGCUCUAGCCAAUGCUUCGGAUCUUGCUUACUGGUUGGGAAUAGAACAGGCCGGUAUGUUCAACUUCCGGCCGUCAGUGCGCCCAGUCCCUCUGGAGGUGCACAUAUCAGGGUAUCCCGGCAAACACUACUGUCCGCGCAUGGCAACUAUGAACAAGCCCACCUUUAACGCUAUUAAAACACAUUCCCCCACCAAACCCGUGCUGGUGUUUGUUUCGUCAAGACGACAGACCCGCCUCACGGCUUUGGAGCUGAUUUCUUUCUUAGCCGCCGAAGACAAUCCCAAACAGUGGAUGCACAUGCCGGAAGCUGAGAUGGACUCGUUGAUCCAAACAGUGAAGGACAACAACCUCAAACUGACUUUGUCGUUUGGUAUUGCACUGCAUCACGCGGGUUUACACGAGAGGGACAGGAAGAUAGCAGAAGAGCUGUUUGUGAAUCAAAAGAUUCAGAUUUUGAUAGCGACUAGCACCUUAGCCUGGGGUGUCAACUUCCCGGCCCAUUUAGUGGUUGUGAAAGGUACUGAGUAUUAUGAUGGUAAGACUCGGAGGUAUGUGGAUUUUCCCAUCACAGACGUGCUGCAGAUGAUGGGGCGCGCAGGGAGACCACAGUACGACGAGAAUGGGGUGGCUGUGAUCCUUGUUCACGACAUCAAGAAACACUUUUAUAAAAAGUUUCUGUACGAGCCAUUUCCUGUCGAGUCAAGUUUGUUAGAAGUACUUCCAGAUCACUUGAAUGCUGAAAUUGUGGCGGGCACAAUCACUUCUAAACAGGACGCCAUGGAUUACCUUACUUGGACGUACUUCUUUCGACGUUUGCUGAUAAACCCAAGUUACUAUGAUCUUGAAGACAUUGACAACGACUCAGUCAAUAAAUUCCUCUCUGCUUUGGUAGAAGGUGCUGUGAGAGAAGUUGAGAAUUCUGCGUGCGUGGAGAUUGGCGAGGACGGUUUGGCGAUAACCCCAACGAACCUUGGAAGGAUUUCUUCCUAUUACUAUCUAAGCCACUUGACACUGCGCAUGUUCCAUGAACGGUUGGACGCUGACUGCAGUCUCCCGGACCUCAUCGAGAUUUUAGCGGAUGCCGAAGAAUACACUCAGCUUCCAGUUCGUCACAAUGAAGACCUCAUUAACAGCGACCUAGCUCCUAGUCUCCCCUUGGAAGUGGACCCUCACACUUUCGACAGUCCUCACACCAAGGCACAUCUGCUCUUUCAAGCGCAUUUCACUCGCCUACCGCUGCCCAGUACCGAUUACUUAACAGACACAAAUUCAGUCCUCGAUCAGGCUAUACGAAUCUUGCAAGCAAUGAUCGACGUAUCUUCCGCCGAGGGUUGGUUGGCAACAGCUCUUCGAUGCAUGCACCUUGUACAGAUGGUAGUUCAAGGGCGAUGGCUUCAUGAUUGCACCCUUCUCACUUUACCGUGUGUUGACCCAGAUCUGUUGUCGCUUUUUCGAAUUAAUGGCCGUUCAUUAGAAUGCCUCCCGGAGCUGUUAGACGCUGUCAGAGGCGAUCGGAAAAUCCUGAAUAGAAUGUUGGGAGAUGCUCUGAGUCCGGGAGAAAUAACCGAGGUUUUUGAAACGUUGGGUCGUCUACCUCAAGUCAGUGUUAAGAUUAAAGUGCGUGGAGUCUGGGCUGAGAACGAGCAGGGCACCAAGGAAAGUAAAACCAUCAAUACCACACCGAGCGAAAGUUUAGCGAAAGACUGGGUUCCAGUGCAUGCAGAACAGGAGUACGUGUUAAUACUUGAAAUUUCCAGGGAGUUCUGCGGUUUUAGGCGAUCCAACACAAAGGCGCACGCUCCACAUUUUCCGAAACCCAAAGAUGUCGGUUGGUGGGUGGUUCUCGGCGAGAUGGACUCGGGCGAGUUGUUGGCCGUGAAAAGAGUGAGUCAGGUGCGCUCGUCAAGCACCGUCUCCUUAUCAUUCUACACGCCUGAGGACCUGGGAAGGAGAAUCUAUACUGUGUAUCUCAUCAAUGAUGCUUACUUGGGAAUGGACCAGCAGUAUGAUGUUUCUCUAGAGAUUAUUCAAUCAGAUAUUUCAAGUCAAGUGAACACUGAAGUUAACUUAAGUAACUAGUCUAUCGCAGUAUAAUUUUGUCAAGCACAUUAUUUUUUUUCCGGCAUGUAUGAGGAAAUAUGAGUGAAAUUUACCAACUACGAUGAUGAGAAAGAUCAGUUGUGGAAAUCCACACUGGAGCGAAUGGCCCCUUUCCUUGAAACGUAAGUGAAGUUAAAAUCUAUUCCCCAAAACGGUAAAAGUAAAGUAAAAUUUCAAGUCAAUGCAACGCAAAUUAAUUUCAGGAGGGGAUAGACUGUCUUAGAUUGCAGUUAGUUUUAACACUUUUGUUUGACUUGUGGUAAAUGUUACGAGUAGACUUGUGUAUUGAAAUACUUAAGUUUGAGGUAAUUUCAAGGACCAUUAUGAACAAAGGAAAAUAUCGCAAGGAGUUCAUGAGAUAUGCGAGGGGUCUAGCAAGCUGUUAAAGCUAAACUUCAAUUUCCGGUACGUCCUGUUGUGUGCGCACACAGUCUUUGUGGAAACGCUUGGGUUUUUUUUGCGGAGUAUUUUGAUUGUGUAAAGCUUUGAUUACCUUUCUCUUGUACGUAUAGGAUUCCCACUUCUUAACGAAAGCGUACGUACUGUAUUGUUUUCAAAAAAUCUAUUCAGUAUUCUGCGCUGAGCGAUUUGGUGUUUGUUUGCGUCAGAUUACCGAUGUUGCAGAAUUCCUGGAACUAAAAUUUAUAAUUGUCUCAAUAUUUCAAUUACCAAGAUAGUGCAGUAAAAAUAUUAGGUAACACCAAAUGAUGAUCAAUCAAAUUUAUAGAGGAUACACAAAAACAUAUGAAAGAUUUUAUUACACCCAUGCAAGAAAAAUCAAUAAAGCCAGUUUUUCUCACAAGAGA